UAGAAGGCGCUCCUUCCUCGAUGAGUCCUUCUGCACUUGUUUGUCAACAAAGGGUGCUCGUCUUCUUUCGGGCUCACUCGUUGACUUCCGUUCACCAUCGUUAUCUCAACAUGGCGAUUGUGUCUUUACGAAACUCCGCGUCCUCGCUGGUGUUAUUUAGCAGACGUUUAUUCAGCCCGGAGCUCAAGGCCCAGUGUUUCUAUCACAUAAAGGUGGUGGACCAUUAUGAAAACCCUAGAAAUGUAGGAACUCUAGACAAAAACUCCAAAAAUGUGGGGACUGGAUUGGUUGGUGCACCGGCCUGUGGUGAUGUAAUGAAGCUUCAGAUCCAGGUGGAUGAAAACGGCAAGAUUGUCGAUGCUAAGUUUAAAACAUUUGGCUGCGGAUCAGCCAUCGCUUCCAGUUCUCUAGCGACAGAGUGGGUGAAGGGGAAGUCGGUGGAUGAAGCUCUGAAGAUCAGGAACAUAGACAUCGCCAAAGAACUCUGCCUUCCGCCCGUCAAGCUGCAUUGCUCCAUGCUUGCAGAGGAUGCCAUUAAAGCAGCGCUGUCAGACUACAGAAUAAAACAACAGGUCAAGAAGUAGUAGCGUGUACAAGCCACCAGUUAAUGUAUAUUAUUAACUAUCCAUUGUUUCUCAGCAGUGCUGUUUAAAAGGAUGGAUCACGAUAAUACUACACCAGGUCUUCAGGGAGUUAUACAAUCUGAAAGUCUUAAGAAAAUGGCAGUGCUUGGUGUUUAGCUGCUUCUCGUCUGAUAAUCAGUAAUUCACUCUUUAUUGAUGCUGAUUUUGGAGAAGGAACUUCAUGGUAAACAUCUACAUUUAAACAUGGGAACUCAACAUUGUUCCCUCUAAGAUAAUAAACAGAAACUAAAGUGGAGAUGUGGUUUAUUUUUGGCAUUUCUUUUUAUAUGGCUGAAUCGUAUAAAAUCACAUGUCUCUCGUAAAGGAUUCAGUAUAAAAAUGCAGCUAAAGAACACAUACUUUAUUAUGAUUCAGAGUAUUGAAUGGGUUUGUGUGCCUAUUGGGAAUAAAGUUAUUUAAAAAGA